GAUUUGCUCCACACAGUAUAUUGGUUCCUGGUCAAGAAGGGAUUUUGACAUGGUGGAUUUAGGGUUUCUGAUCAGUUUUUAUUUUUUAUUUUUUUUGGGUUUGCAAAUUUCCACUGGAAUUUUGCAUCAAUCAAGACCCAUCAAACAGCGAGCUUAUGGGUCAAAAUUCUGGUGAUGGAAAGACACAAAAUUAGGGUUACGUGCUGGUUUUUCAAACAUGGCAGAUCUCGAUCAAUUCCAACGUUCAUCCUGUCACACUUUUUGUCAUUCAAGGGCACGGAUAAGUGACCAAGCUCUAUGUAAGAGCAAGAGCGAGAGCGAGAGCGAGAGAAGGACGUCUAUGGGCGACUCAACGGUUACAAUCACACAAAUCAUGAGCCCUCCGGAAACUACCCAUCACCGAAAGCUGCCAACGGAGGGUUAUCCGUUAAAGGGUGAACGGGUGAGGGACGAAUGAAUGAAAUCCGGUGCACCUGCAACCAAUGAUAAACAUAGUCAUUCAUCACCCCGAGACUAGGGAGGCAUAUCCGGAGAGAACUAGACCGUAAAGACGAAGCGAAGAUGCCCCAGUUUCCUAAAAGUCUAGACUCUAAACCCUAAACCCUCCGUUGGUUUUACAGGAGUCGUCUCGUUGUGUGAAAUGCGGGAUUCGGAGUGCGCAGAUUAGGUUCUGUUUUGUUGAACAUGCUUUGUAGCAGCGCUACAUGUGAAGAUACGGGCUACAGUGUAGUGUUUGAAUCGUUGUGAGAUUGAGGUUGUGUGGGGAUGAUGCGCCAAGUGCCGUGGGAGAGCUGGCAGCAGUGGCAGGAUGUGCGCUGCUGCUUCUUCUCCAAUUCGCCUGCUCGAAUUUCCGAAGCACUGGAUCGGGUUUCAGCAUGGCAAAGCAGGGGAGGCUUGCCGGUGGCCGUGGAAAUUACUGCGGAAAUCAUCAGUAUACAACAACGAGAUUCUUUGUUAAAAUGUUUUCGUUUGAAAAUUUCAGCACAGAGGUAUCUCCAAGUGCAGCGCUGCCCGGAGAAAUGCUUCGAAUGAUGUAUGCUAUGGCCAUCAUGAGAUUGGUGAACGGGGUUGUGGACCAGUCUGUUAGGCGAAACACAUCUUCUGUAGCGAAUAGGGCCGAGGAUGCUCGUCUUCCACGCGUUUUUGUUGAUAUUCGUCAUGAAACUUCGCAUAAUGAGCUGCCAUCUCUACCUCUCGUGCGUCAUGCAAGCAAACAGGCGCUUUUAUGGUUGCAACAAAAUUACUGGGAAGAGCAAGAGCAGCUGGUCCCAAAGAACCAAGGCACAUUGAAGACAAAACUUAUUCAACAUGCUCAGGUGAUCUAUGAAAUUCUGGUCUUACAGCAACGAUUACUCAGUAAGGAGACAAAAGGACAGGACUUUAAACAGCAGAGAUUGCCUCUCAAACGCGCUCUUAAAGGCCUCAAACGACAACAACAAGCUUUGUUACGGGAGCUGUUGGAGCUCACAUGUUCUGGAACCUCUGAACUGAUAUUUUUGCUGGUGAAGGAGGGACUUUUAGUUCAUGAUCUAAAUCCAAGCUGUAGCUCUCCCACGCCCAGCAUAGAGUCUUUCAAUGAUGAAAGUAACGGUGAAUUUGAUGAACUACCAGAUUCUCCGUCUUCAAGUGAUGGUUUGGGAUUUGAUGAAAGGCCUGAGGAUAAUUCUGUAGCCGCAUGGAAACACACUUGCGUGCAGUUGACAGAGCACUUGCCUCACCUACCAGCGCUUUUGCUCUCGAGCAUUGUUGCAAGUCUUACAGCUAUGUUUGGUGAAUCAACUUCUAAAAAGGAUCAGAGUGGUAACUUAGCAACGUCAUUCUGCAAAGAGGAGCUUGUUGAUUGGGCAACGUGGAUUCUCGAUCAGUCAUCUGCUCUACCAAAGAAGAAGAAAGCACACUCUGGCCUACCGAAGUUUAUUGAAACAGGCGCUGAUUUGCAGAUGCACGCAGUAUUCCCGCAAAAUGCCUUGAAGGAGAUCGCUCAUUUGUGCAUGCGCUGUAGAAUGGAGAAGGAAUCGCUUGUUAAGCUUAUCUCUCGUCUUUCUCCACUGGUUAAUGACAGCUCCUUCCGCCGACGUGCUGAACUGCUGGCAAAGUGUAGUUUGUCUUUCUCGAACGACGUGAAGGCCUAUGCAGACACGGAGGAAAGUGGAAGGAGCUUUGUUGAUCGCCUUCGAGAACCAGACAGUGCACAGAAUGAGGCGGAUGGGGAAUUGAAUUUGGAUACCGCACUGGUGAAGGCAAGAGAGAUGCAACAGAUGGCGAUGGCCAAAUAUGUAGCCAAUCUGAAGGCUUCUGAGCAUAUCCGCACUAUGAAGCCUCCACCAACUGCAGGACCUUGGUCGAAGGCUAAAAGUUGGAUACCAUGUGCAAUCGGAAUGCUCCCAUCUGCGCAUGAUUAUGAGGCUAUUCUUCCUCGGCUCGAUUUGGAACAGAAAACAUCAACUCCAGUUGAGGAUGACCAGACAGGAGAAAUUUCUAUGUCUACCCAUGAGGUUCAAUCCUUCGAGAGAAAUGUUUCUGACUUCAGCUAUCAAGGAUGUGGUCAAGGUUUGAAAAGGAAAGCCUUCGAAGCUCAUGCUGAAGUUGGACCCGAAAUUGAUUCGAAAAGGACCAGAGUAGAAGACCAGCCAAUGAAUGAAGCCAAAAUUGCAGGUCACGAUAACAGCGUUGGUUCUGAUGUUGGAAAUGAGGAACAUUUGUUACUAACAGACGGGGCUAGAGGGAUGGAAUGUGAUGAUGAGACCAUCGAGCCAAUGAAUGAAGAACAAUCAUUUUUAGAUGAUCGUACUGUAGAAGAUGACGCUGACAAAUUGAAAGGCAAUAUUGAUUGCGAGACGGACCUUAGUCUUAGUUUUGGCUUCAAGAUGGAGGAGGUCCCUGUAGCGUGGCAAGGCUGUUUGCUACAGAGAGGAGUGCUACAGCUGGGGGCUCUGCAAGAGCUGCCGAAUUUGCAGGCAGCGAUCCGUGUGCUCUAACUGAGUUAUGUCGUGUAUUUCUAAAAAGCGCACUUCAUUCAAACUUCACUUCAUGGAAAAAUUUUGAACUUCAAUUUUGGGGCUUAGGUAGUAGGUGCCUUGAAAGAGUCGUUUUUUCGACUUCUGCCGGCUCUCUGCCAAGCUCUUCCAAUAUUUUUUCCUAGCUUGUUUCAAAUACACUAUUGGG